UCCGCGGUCGCGUGUGUCUUUUCCUAGUAGCCUGGGCGAUAGCUGUCUUUAUAGUGAAUGUUCACAAGGAUUGUCUUCCGGCAUGGCCUUGGGAUUAAGAUGCUUCCGCUUGGUCCACCCUGUCUUUUGUAACUCCUUUGCAGCCUUGACCAGACCUGUUUCAGAAGUGACGCUGAAGACAGUGAGUGGCAGACAAAGUGACCGUGGACAAUACAUGGCCUCACCAGCUGUACCAAUCCGUUAUUUCGCUACCAAGAAAGCCAAAGCCAAAGGGAAAGGACAGUUCCAAACCAGAGUGAAUCUUAAUGCUGCCUUGGUUGAGGAUAUAAUCAGCUUGGAAGAGGUGGAUGAAGAAAUGAAGUCUGUGACAGAAGCGCUCAAAGAUAAUUUCAAUAAGACUGUCAAUAUAAGGACCUCACCAGGAUCCCUUGAUCAUAUCACUGUGGUAACUGCUGAUGGGAAGCUUGCUUUAAACCAGAUUGGCCAGAUCUCCAUGAAGUCUCCACAGCUGAUUUUGGUGAAUAUGGCCAGCUUCCCAGAGUGUACAGCUGCAGCUAUCAAGGCUAUAAGAGAAAGUGGAAUGAAUCUGAACCCAGAAGUGGAAGGGACGCUAAUUCGGGUGCCCAUUCCCAAAGUGACCAGGGAGCACAGGGAAAUGCUGGUGAAACUGGCGAAACAGAACACCAACAAGGCCAAGGAUUCUUUACGGAAAGUUCGUACCAACGCAAUGAAUAAGCUAAAGAAAUCAAAAGACAAGGUCUCCGAGGACACCAUUAGGCUCAUAGAGAAACAGAUCAGCCAAAUGGCCGAUGAUACGGCAGCAGAGCUGGACAGGCAUCUGGCAGCGAAGACCAAAGAACUCCUCGGAUGAAAGCCCACCAGGGGCAGCAG